CUCAAGCAGGGCGCUCAAUUCAAAUUGUUUAAAGAAACCCAUCUUCAGACUCAUGUAAUGUUAAAUAGUGCAUAUUCCGUAACUCUCUUCAGGUAGAUGUUCCAUUGUAUCGCGCACCUGUUAAAGUGACAGACGACACCUAUUCACGUGACCCUUCACCUCACGUGCAAUAGCGAGCGCAGAGCCAGCGCGAGCUUGUACCUCCCCGUCAACACAGGCUGUAAAAUUACUGCAAUGUCCACAUCACAGUAGCCGCGAUCGCCAGACUUUGUAAUGAGUUGCGUCAACGCUGGGUUUGAGGACUUGUCCUUCAGGAUGCUGAGGACGCAGCCCAGCACCGUGGAGCAGGAUAGGACCAUCACGUCUGAACAGUUGGAACAACAGCUGGAAGGAAGCGAUCCACAUCAGUGUGUCGUCAUAUCUCACACUCCCUCAGUCCAGGUGUACUAUGCAUUACGGACGAAGCUGGAGUCGAGUGAUGAAACCUGGUUACAGGAGUUCAUCUCCCUAUCAGGCCUCGACUCGCUCCUGGACUCCCUGUGUCAGAUGACAGGGAAGGCCUUCACAGGGUUCUCUGAUGCCAUCCUCCAGAUUGACUGCAUAUCUUGUAUCCGUGCAAUUCUCAACACCCGGGUCGGCCUUGACCACUUCCUGUCGACGUCAACAUGCAUCAGGAAACUCACGCAAGCCCUGACCAUCACCAAUACACUGCCCAAGAAACAAGUCCUCGAGAUCCUGUCUGCUAUCAUGGCCUACAGCACCCAUGGCUACAAGCUGGUCAUCGCUGCAAUGGAGCACUUCAAGAGAGAGGAAAACCAGAGCCACAGAUUUAGUAUUGUGUUAAAUGAGCUGAAAAGUGCUGAGACGGUCCCCCACAAGACGGCAGUGAUGACCUUCCUCAACUGCAUCGUCAACUGCAACACCGACAUCGCGGAAAGGACGAGAUGCAGGAAUGAAUUGGCAGGUCUUGGCUUGUUGGAUGUGCUGAGUUUCCUGCGGAGAGAAGAGGUGGACGUCGAUCUUCACUUACAGCUGCAGACCUUCCACUCCAGGAAGCAUCAAGAUGAGGAAGAACUGGCAGCUAAAUGUGACCUUGACCUCAGUAGCCCUCAUGACCUUGUUGAUAAGAUACAAGAGAAAGUGUUUGGCAGUUCCAAGAUGGCCUCCUUUGUCAACAUUCUUCAAGAUUUGUUAGCCAUGGAAGCAGACAGCCAAAGUGAGAAGAUGUGGACCACAAUAGAGAACCAGAUCCACCACCUCAUCCAUGGAUCGGAAGAUGAGGACCGUCUGGCGAAGGUAUCACCUGAAGAAAUUGAGGCCCUGCUGACUCCAGACAUCAACAUGGCCAACAAUUUUCAACGAAAGUUGACUGAGAAGUUGAACACACCACCCAAGAAGCUGAAUGACAGUGUCUAUGAAAACUGGAACCAGACGCCCACACAUAAGUUACUCAAUGACCUGAACACCCGACAAAAUAAGUUGAGUUGGAACAACAAUUUCAACAGUCUAUUGAAGCAGAAGGAAAACUUUGAGGGCAAGUCAGUGUGUGGCGACUCCUUCAGCAGACAGCUGGUGCCCUUGCCAAAGAAGCCCAUGCGCAAUCUGAAGUGGAUCAUAGUCGAGACAGAGGCUGUUGAGAGUCACCCCAGCUGCAUCUGGCAGAAGAUCGAGAACAUUCCCAGGAUACAGCCGGACUACAGCCACAUUGAGGACAUCUUCAGUGAGACACACGUGUUUGAGGAGUAUGAGGAGGUCCCACUGUUGAGUCAGACAUCCAGGCUGAACAUCAACCUGUUCAUCAACAGACUGGAGGUAGAACCAGAGGAACUUGUAAGAAACCUGAUCGAUGGUGAACCAUCUAGUCUGACUUUGCCGAUGCUAAGAUACCUCACAAAGAUUCUCCCAGAACAUGAAGAGGUACAGAUGUUGAAGGCAUACAAUGGCAACCUGCUUGAACUGGGUCUGGCCGAGCAGUUCCUGCUGCACCUCUCGGACAUCCCCAACUACCGCACCCUCAUCAACGGCCACCUUACAAGGGCCGAGUUCACCUCCAACAUAGUGAAACUGAAGACGACAUUGACCGCCAUGGUGGCCAGCUGCAAGUUCAUCUUGUCAAGCUCUGACCUCCGAGAGUUCCUGCAACUGGUGCUCCGUGUGGGGAACUUCCUCAAUCAUAGUAAGUUCAAUGGUAAUGCUGCUGGGUACAAACUGACAAGCCUGGAGCGUGUAAAGGAUGUGAAAUCCUCUGUCCUCAACAAGACACUGAUGCACUACCUGGUGGAGGUGGCUGUGGAGAAUGAUGAUUCCACCCUCAGCUUCCUAGCUGAGAUUCCCAGGCUAGAGAAAGCCUCCAGCUAUUCACCGGAGGACAUCAAGAUGGACGUUACAAAGAUGAACCAGCAGCUGAAGCAGUUUGUUCAACAACUGUCGUCAGCUCACCCCACCAUCCAGGACGUCUUCCACUUCUUCAUGGAGGAUGUGAAACGAGACUUCCGUGAGAUGCAGGCGUCAAUCUGUGAACUGCGGAGCCUCUCCCACCAAAUGGCAGACUACUUCUGUGAGGCGGAGGCGGACUUUGACCUUCAGGGCUGCUUCAAACGUCUACACACAUUCUGGAAACAGAUCCGGAAAUGUCGUCAGGAGAACAGUAUGUUUGGAAAUCAGGAGAAGAUGGUACAGCGUCGUAGUGAUGAGUUCAAGACCAAAAUCAAACACAAGAGGCUGGCCCUGGAGUUUGGACAGGAAGCUAAGGCCAGUUCAUCCAUGCGAGAAGACAAGAGGAGAAUCCUGGAGAAGAUCCUUAGUGACCUUCAUCAUGCCAACUUCACCCCCACAGUUGCAUCCCUCAUCGCAACACCGCAGACCGAAGUGGCAAAGAGGAAGCAGUUCCUGCCAGCACAGAAGGAGCUGAAGACCCCGGAGAAUGAAUUUCACCCCCUGGACUUGAGUCGGAUCAGCGUGGCCGGAACACCAAUGGUGAACCGACCCAGGAGUGAGGCGUUUGAUGAUGAUUUCCCUAACUUCAGUUCCAAGGUGCCACCGAAAGUCAUGACAAGUUCAGAAAACAACCUACUAGACGAAGAUCCAGUGUGGAUGAAGCGACCGACAAAAGUAAGCCUGCCGAGACGAAACUCCCAUUAUCGAAGUCGCAGCGACCUUGGUGAGUCCUUGUGCGGCACCACAAAGUGGGUGAGAUACGAGGAGAUCAAACUCAAGCAGAACCACACUGAAAUAGGACAAGCUCCAUUAGCCAAACCCGAAAGUUGUUGUACCCUAGCAACCCUCCACCUUGAAGAUAACGGUAAAUUCACUUAUCAAGAAGAAAUGUCACUUCAUGAUGGACCAAUGGUUGUACUUCCAAAAUUGGAAGGCAAGCAGUCAAAAAAGCUUGAAAAGAGAUCAUCAAUUGGUAACUUCUUCAGCAAAAUAUCCCGUCGAGUCCUUCGUCCAAAAAACGUGAACACAUGUUACAACACCAACAACUCUUCAGUGUUUGUGGACGAUGGAGGUAUGAAACCAAUUCAAAAUGGCCGCCGCUUCUCUUCUGAUAACAAGGAGAACAUCAGUAGUGGACUAUCAAAGAAUGAGAUAGCGUUGGAAAAACGGUAUGCAGAGAGGGAAUAUCGGCGCUUCAAGGCUCAAAGACAGAAGGGCAGUAGAGAAAAGUGUACAUGAGUUGGAGUGACAUGACGUGGACUUUGAUGACAGCUGGUGCAGCACUAUUGCUAUAUGUAUAUUUGACAUUGAUGAAAUUCUUCUUUGUAGUGUGCUGAAGCUCUUUGGUUGUGUUCUGAAGAUCUUUUGAUAUUAUGUGCUAACUUCUUUGGUUGUGCUGUGCUAAAGUCUAAACUACAGCCUAUUUUAUGUAUUUUCUUAGAUAGAGAUAAUUUUGCUUUCUCAUUUGACAAUCUUUGGAUCAUCUGUCUCUUGUCUUUUAGAAUCUCCAAGCCUUUUUUCCCCUCCUCUGUGUAUAUAAGGGUGUACAUUUACAUAUAUUUAAUUUAUUCAUGCUUGUGAAUGUUUUUGUGCUUGUGUCUAGUUUGAGUUGUCACAGCUGUCAUUAAUGAGAUACCGCUACAAUGAAAUUGGAUCACAAUGGUUUGUGGACCAUCAUGAUGUCAUCUGUUACGAUGACAUCACAAUCAAAUGACAUCACUCAUCUGAACCACUGAAGCUGGUUAGACGUUGUUUUUAGUCUCAAGACUGGUUAUUAUUGAAAUGAAAAUGUAGGCAGAAGGAUUUGGAUUAAUAAAUCCAACCCGAGUGUCUUCAGAUAUGAAAUAUGUUAAUACUAUUGAUAAAACUUCAUAUGACGUUUUAUUGUUUUAUUGAUUCAUGUUGAUGUAUUUAAUAUCAGAAGACACUCUGGUGGGAUUCACUAUGAAGCUUUUCUGUACACAAUCUUAGCACUAAGAUGAUCAUAACUUCCCUACUUUAACACAGGCUUACUAUAUCCUUAGCGCUAAGAUGACUUGGUGCAAGUGAGCCCUGGCAAAGCAUGCAUAGGCAUAUUAAAGAGGGGCAUGGCUCAGUUUAAAGGGCAGUACAUGCAAGGUUUGACAUGGUACAGUAACCUUGAAUUUAAUUUAUGUAUAACAGGGCACUGAAUUUAAGUUUUCAUCAUGUUUUGCUCAUCACUAAUAUUAAUUCAACCAUAUAUAAACAGAGAGACAUCUGGUACUUUCCUACAGUUAAAUAUGCAAAGGAAUGUUGAAAACCCAUGACCAAAAUAUUUGUACUUAUCUCUCAGCAUCCAACUCAAUUUUUAACUUGGGUAUGCAAAACACAGAAUGUAAAAUGUUGCCCUUAUACAACAGCCCAUAUGAUUCAUCCUCCAUUAAGAGCUGGACUGGAUUAAUGAAGGGAUGGGAUGGGAUACUGAAAUGAGUCCAGCUUCUAAUAAGGAUGGGAUCAGGGGCAGCUUAUUACUCACUGAUGACAUGAAUACCAUGAUUAGUGUAAGCUUAAGCCAUCCAAUGAAUAUAAGCUUGGACUUAGAUAUAGGAGUAGGUAAGUUCAAGUGAACUGAUAACCCCCCCAGCUAUUAAUUGAAAUAUGAUUUGUAUAUAUCUGGUGGAAUACGCACAUGACUGUCGCCACUUGACACUACUUGUAGCUGAAUGGAUAUAUACUACUCAAAAGAGUUAAAGAACACCUGAUUUCAUAUGACUAGGUAAUCCCUCAUGACAUGUGCUUAACUGUAGUCACAUGAACAUAUUGGUUGUUAUUCAACUUCUUUUGUGUAGUGUAUGUUAUAAAUAAGUUACCACAUAUGUAUAUAUUGCUUUUUAUACCCUAUACUAGUCUUUUCAUUGUUAUUUCUUCUUGUUCUAUGGCAGGUUUUGCUAUUUUGUACUAAUAUGGGAAAUAAUGGAACUAAAGCAGAUCUGUCACUUCUGUGUUCAGAAUUAAGGCUCCAUGUACAUAGAAUACUACAAUGGAAUGUUAGAAUCUUGUGUAACUAUAUGACCUGAAAUAUUGUCUUUGUUGGAUGUGACAUGCUGUGUGUGUAUAUGUUCCAUUAUUUCUUCCCAUGAGUAUAUACCUGUAAUGUGAUAAGUGCUGGUUGUGAUGCUGUGAUGGAGUGCAACCAAUCAGGGUAGAGGCAACGACAUCAUUGUUGUGAAUAGUGUUGGAAUUUAUCUUGUCCCAGCAGUGUGCAACAUGUCUGCGAAAAUUCUCCAACUGGAAAGACAAACUUUCUGUUUCAAGUUAUAUAGUGGAGAGUAAUGAUAUGGCUUUGUGGGAAGUCAAAUUGCAAAAUCUUCCUUUCUUCAUAGUUUUCCUGCCCACCAUCCAUCUCUAUCCCUUCCGGCGCAGUGGGGUAGCCUAGUGGUUAAAGUGUUCGCUCGUCAUGCGAAGGCCCCAGUUCAAUUCACCACAUGGGUACAAUGUGUGAAGCCCAUCUCUGCUGUCCCCUGCCGUGAUAUUGCUGGAAUAUUGCUAAAAGCGGCGUAAAACCAAAACUCACUCACUCUAUCCUACCCUUGGUCCCCCCUUUCUCACUUGUCUCCAUCCAAUGCUCUCUUUCUCUUCCUGUCUUUUUACCCCUAUCUCUCUCCUCUCUUCAUCUCGUUCUUCCUCUCUCCUCUUCUUUUUCCCUCCCAUCCUCUCCUUUCUUCUCUUCUCUCUUUUUUUCUCUUCUCUUCUCAUACUUCUCAUCACUUCUACAGCAUAUUUUUCUGAGCAUUUCUGUAAAUGUUAUAUCAAAAAAUGUUUCAAGGGUAUUGACCUAAAAUUGGUAUUCUCUCUGUGAGUUUGAUUGCAGUUUCCAUGGAGAUCUGAAUUCACAUGUUCACUCUGCCACCCGAAGCUGACACAUGGAGCACUUCACCUGCACAUGGUGUGAAAAGCUUAUUAUCAGGAGGAGCCCUGGUCUGCAGGGCUUCGCUGUCUCAGCUCAUCGUCAAUGAUGUCCUGGCUUCUGGCAGAGUGAACAUGUGCCUGUUUCUCCUCUCCCAGGAUAUUGUUGCUAAAAGAUGCGUAAAACUAAACCCACUCGCCAUGUGUAGGUUAGUAAGGUCAUAAAGUUUCUGAGUCAUUACUUUCUGCAUGAUUUUUGUACUACCUCAGAUUACAGAUUUGCUGAACCAGAUUUUUAAAAUGUUAAAUAUGAAAAAAAUGUCAAGAACAUCUUCUUCUUUUUUCUUCCCACCAAACUUUCAUUUUUAAAUGAAUUAAAUGUUGCGAUCUAUGUGGUAUGUAAUUCUUUCAGGUCAUCUUUAUGUUUUUGAACGAUAUCUGUAAAACACAUAAUUAAGUAACAUGGAUUAGGGACCACUUUCAUGACAAAGAAGUUCCUUUUAGCAAUCUCAGCUCAAUGAUAAUUGUCGCCGCCAUAUAGCUGGAAUAUUGCUGAGUGCGGCGUAAAACUCAGCUCACUCACUCACUCAAUGAUAAUUGUAAAUCUCAUACUUUAACAUUAGACUUACAACAAUUGUAGAUGAGAUUGCUUUGUGAAGUUUGAUGUACAUUUAACUUGAACUCGCCCACAAAAAUGAUAGUUUCCAAAUAACUUUCUACAGAAUUAUUAAAUACAACUAUCAUCAUGAUUGAGUAGUACAUGUCUUUCCUUACCUCUUCCUACAAAAAUUGUUUCAGUAAAAAAAAUUGUAUGUAAAUAUUUUUUACGUAACUGAUAAUUUUUUAUAACAUGUCCAUAUUAAUAUAGUAAGGAAUAUCUGUGAGGUUGUUUUGUGAUAAGAGUUCAGUGUAUGCUGUACGUGGGAUAGCACUGGUUUAGAUAGUUUUACAGCUUGCUUCAUAGCUUGGAAUAAGGCCAUGUCUGUCUUGCUUGCUGCUCUGAGGCACAGUUGGGCUUUCCGUUAUUAGAACGAUACAUCUAGUCAUUCACAACAUCGGCAGGACAACACAGCCUUCCUGCUCUGACAUGAUCUUUAUGAAUUUUUAAAAAUAAUUCUUGUAGCUGUUCCUUCAUGUUGAUAUGAAUAUUUUACAUGACUUUGAGAUCAAAUUACAUUGAAUUACUAUCUAAGUUAUCUUUAAGUUGUUUCAAUUUACAAACAUGCCAGUACCACAAAGGUGUUUUUUUCAAAAUACCCUAAAGAAGGCAAGUUUCACAUCUAUUUCAGUGAUAAUAUUUUCCUAAAGCAGAAUAAAGAAUGAUGAUAAUUUUUAUGGAUAUACAACGUCAUUAUUCCGUGAAAGGCAACAACGACCUUAGAAUCUAUGUCCAAACAUCUCCUUUCACAGAAUAACGAAGUUGUAUAUUCAUAAAAAGUAUAAUCAAUUUUCACCACCCCAACUUUUAAAAUGCCCAUCAAGGAAGUAAAACAGAAUACAUUGACACUGUAUGUAGCUGUUCUUUUCCAUUACCCCCAGGAGUACAGUUUAUAACAUUUACCUGAAUACAGUAACUUUAUUCAAUAUUCAAUCUAUAUCUGUGUUAAAAAGUGUGUAUUGAAUUAUUUACCUGAAGUAGAUGACACUGAUAAUAUCAAGAUAAGUCCUUGCUAUAUCAUUUCUUACAUCAUCGAAAUGAUAUUACCCUGAUGUUUAAUAUAUUUCCCUGGAGAAGAAUAUACUGUCCUGAGAUUUAAUAUAUUGCCCAGAAAUAGAAUAUUUUACCCUGAAGUUUAAUAUGUAGCCCUUGGGUUUAAUAUAUUGCCCUGAAGUGGAAUAUAUUGCUGUUAAGUUUAAUAAUAUUGCCCUGAAGUUAAAUAUAUUGCCCCAAAGUGUAAUAUAUUGCAUUGAGGUUUAUUUUAUUGCUCUGAAGUAGAAUAUAUUGCCCAGAAGUGUAAUAUUAUGGCCCAGAAGUAGAAUAUAUUGCCCGCCCUGAAGUUUAAUAUAUUGCAAAGUAGAAUAUAUAUAUUUCCAAUGUCGGCAAGGAAUCGGCCUGUAUUGUCCUGCUGGUGAGAUGUUUUUGUAAAGGUCAAGUCUUUUGCUUGAAGAGUGCAAUUUGUAUAUAUAUUUUUUCCUGAGUCUCCUGUACAUAUAUUAUUCAGUUUUAGUUUCUAUAUUAUAAUUAUAAAGAAGACAGAUAUAAUUUCACAAAAAAUGACGCCAGGUGUAUUUUGCAGUCAUACUCCAUGGGAACAUGUGCAUUUGCCUGUAUUUUGUUGGCUAAACAAUAUUUGCUUACAACUGUUUUUUCUAUCCUUGUAAAUCUAUCAAAUGUCUGUUCAUAUCCAUCAUUUGAACCGAAUCUUAUUUUUAAAUUAUUCAUUAAUUUCUUAAUUCAUUCUUAUGAGGAAGACAUGUUUUGUAUGUCUGUUAGCGUUUCCUAGUUCAAACUGUGGCCCAAUAGAUUUAUUAACCCACACAGAGUAUUGUAAAGAAAUAUAUUUGAACGAACAUUUAUGCUUCUUAUUAGAAUGGUAGAUGAAUAGAGUACAGUAGAACCCUGUUAGUCUGAUGGAUGCUUGUUGUUUGAAACUUCUACAUAUACAUUCUAGACUGACAAUUUAUUCAGACCAUAAUUUGUUUUCCUUGACUUCAUUGGUAACAUCACCCAUUGCAGAUUGUAGACUGAAUAGCUCCCCAGCAAUGGUGGUUGUAGUGGAUUGUGAUGCAUCAUGAUGACUAAUUGUGUUGCUCGUAAAAAGAAUUCAAAUGAUUGUCUGAUCCAGACUUGGCCUUUAACAGACCGCCAUCAUAGCUGGAAUAUUGUGUGUUACACCACAAACACACUACAGGAAUGUCACAUGGAUUAAGUCCAUUUCAUAGCAUGUCAGUAUUUUAAGCAGGUGAAAGUAUAUAAUUCACAUUUUGAGCACAAAAAAGUUAUCAGAAUUUAUCUCAGUUUCUACAUAUUCAUAUUCAAAUUGUAAAUAUUCUGAUAUUGUAAAUAGAGUGCUUAGCGUUUUGUUGUGAAGUACGUUUUGUUGCAUGAUUGUACUAAUGUUGCCAUGGUGAUUGGUUUAUAUUUGUGAAAAUGGCUUUUUACAGUAUUUUUGGUGACCUUUACCCGCCACAAGAUUGUACAGUGUUGUGCUUGUUAACAUGUAUUGGCUGUUGUUGUUUUUAUAUUUUCCUUAAAUUGUUUGACACACUUCCACUUUAUUCAUUAUCACCUUAAAUGUCAAAUUAUGAUGAUAAGGUAUUUUGCUAAAAGCAAAGAAUAACAUUUACCUAAGUGUUACUUAAAUGUUCAACAAGGAUGGUUGUCACACCAAAGACACAGGUUUGGUUCCCCACAUGGGUACAGUGUGUGAAGCCCAUUUCUGGUGUUCCCCGCCGUGAUAUUGCUAGAAUAUUGCUAU